CCUCAUUCUGCCAAAUUCGCUCUCUCUACUUCCUCUCUCUACCUUGCUCUUUGCUGCUCUCAAGUGCUUUUCUUAGCCCUUCGGUCAUCUCUCUCGGCCAGACCCUCGACCAUGGAGUGGGACUCCAUGGCCUUGAUCAUGUAUGUCCUCAACUUUAUGGACAGUGGUCGCAAGGCUAGCGAGCUGGAGCCCAUUGCGGGGCGGGAAGUCCCCUCGCCGAAUGCCGACGGAGAGGAGGCGGAUGAGGAGGAAGAUGAAGGUGCGGAAGAUGAUGAAGGCGCAGAGGGCGAGGAAGAAGAAGGCGAGGGACAGGUUUAUGGUGAGAGGCGCCUCCCCGAGCCGCAGGGGACGCCCGAGGGUGCGGUGCGAAGCGAGGAAGAGUGACGGAGCGCCUUCACUACUCAUCCACCAGUUAUUUGUUGUUUUCAAUUUCCUUAUCCUUCGAUGUAACCUGUGAGCCUUUGCUUCCAAUGAAAUUUCAAUAUUUCC